AUGCCACUCCUUCUCCCUCCUUCAGACGAUCUCCGUCCGUCCGAUCUCACCUACACUCAUGCCUACAACUCGAUAGUGUCAAGAGUAAGACGCAAAGGUGGAUCAGGAAGUGGUGGAGUAGUAAUACUGGCCGGAAUGGACGUGGAUGGAUUACUUGGUGCUCGGAUACUAUGCUCUUUGUUCAAGAAUGACGAUGUACCCUAUCGACUAGUGCCUGUGGGAGGAUAUUCUGAGCUGGAAACGAGAAGAGACGAAGCAUUAGCUUCUGAAGAGCUACACACCUUAAUCCUUCUUUCUCUCGGAUCCCUCUUAACGCUCUCUUCAUAUUUCGAACUACCUUCUUCCUGCCAUUUACACAUUAUCGACUCACACCGUCCGUGGAACUUACAGAACCUUUUCGGAAUAGAUAUAGAUGUUUCGGAAGAUCCAGAAUCAAGUGAGGGUAAGAUUUGGGUAUGGGGCGAUGGUGAUGAGUUUAGCGAGGUGAUGGACAAUGUAAAGAAAAGUUGGGAAGCUCUAGAGUAUGAACCCUCUGAUUCUGGAUCUUCGGACGAUGAGAGUGAUGAAGACGAAUCGGACGAAGCUGAGGAAGAAGAAGAAGACGAGGAAGAGGACGAGGACGAGGACGAGGAGCAAGAAAAUGGCCAUGGAUCACCUUCGAAAGGAGCUAGGAAGAGACGUAAAGCAGGAUCGACUGAGCCAAAAACCAAAAGACAGAAAGAAGAUGAUGGUAGGCCUCGUCGUCUACCUCGAGCAGUCCGAGAAGCACAUCACGAACGGAUACAGCGGUACUAUGCUUCUGGUACUUCCUAUGGUCAAUCCGUGGCACUUACGAUAUACCUUCUGGCGACGGUGUUAGAAAGAGCGGAUAAUGAUAUUCUUUGGUAUGCGAUCUUAGCAGUGACACAUCAAUAUAUAACAUCAAAGAUCGAUAGAGAUUCUUAUGAAUCUUUUCAAUUGAUAUUUCAAGAUGAAGUUGUUCGACUGAAUCAUGACCCCUCUACGACGUCGAAUGGAUUGAAGAUACCUAAUCCGGAUGAUAGGAGUAUAGUGAAAUCUGAAGAAUUGAGAUUCAUGCUUUAUAGACAUUGGAAUUUGUAUGAAUCCAUGUUACAUUCUGGUUAUGUCGCUGGACGAUUGGGUAUCUGGAAAGAGAAGGGAAGGAAGAAAUUACAAGGUUUAUUAGCUAAGAUGGGUUUCUCCUUGCAACAAUGCCAACAAUCAUGGUCGCACAUGGAUAUGGAUCUCAAGAGAAAACUACCUGAACAAUUAGAAUCGAUCGCACCCGAAUAUGGGCUAAUCGAACUUUCUUAUCCGAGCUUUACACGAUCAUUCGGCUUUCAACUUACUUCGUUAUCCGCUGCGGAUGCUGUGGAAGUCAUAUCGUCCCUGUUGGAUAUAGCCGUAGGUGUGAGGUUGGAAGUGGAUAGAGAAGGUGGGAGAGGAGGUGGAGAGUGGUUUGGAGGUACGACUAGAUGGAAUGUCAAUACGAGAGAGUCAGAAUCAUCAAGAGCAGAUGGGAAAGAAAAUCAGGAUCCUAACGAUUCAUCGGCUAACGAAGAAGAUGGUGGUGGACAAGGAGAUGGUGAAGCAUCGGCGGAAGAGAAGAAAAAGAGGAGAGAUAACUGGGCAACAACGAAUUUCUGGAUAGCUUAUGAUGCCUGUGAUGAUAUCGCUCUCAUCCGCCGUUCUCUCCCUUUAUCAAUGACCCUCCAUCGAUCUAUCAUCCGAGCCGGAUCUGCCUUAUUGGACAAGACCAUUAUCCGAUCCCUACGGACAUUCAGACUAGCAAUAUUGAAGGAAGGACCUGAUCUCAGAUUAUUCUCUCACCCUUCGACAUUAUCGAGAUUGGCCAUUUGGUUGGUAGAUGCCACGAGGGAUAGAUGGGCAGAGAGACAAUCGAAGAUGAACAAUAAUGGGAAAGUAAAAUCUCUCCCGUUCGUCGUAGCGUGCUUGAACGAGGAAAAAGGUUCUUACAUGGUUGUGGGUGUGACGGGUGCACCGGAGUUUGGCGAUGUUAGGAAGAACAAAUUCGGUUUGGCAUUCCAACAUGCAGCUGAAGAGAGUGGAUCAGGAACCAAGCAUGAUAUGUUCGAUACGAGUGUGGUGGAAGUUGCUCAAGAGGAUUUGCAAGGGUUCAUAGAGAGUUUGCAUCUCAGAUCGGGAUAA